AGCCGGGAGGAGCCGCGGCGGGCUGGGCCGGGCCGCCCGGGCCCGGCGGGUGCCCGGGCUGGGCCGAGGCGGCUCCGGAGGCGGCUCCGGAGGCUUUGGGGCCGAUCCCUGGUUCCGGUUUGCCGUGAAACGCCGGUUUCCAGCCCGGCGCGGCUGCCGCAGCGGCCGGGGGGGGGGGAGGGUUUGGUGAAACCUCCACGAAAAGGGAAAAAACCCCCAAACAACCUCUGGAGUUCCCGGGUGCCUCUGCCGGAGCAUCGCCCGCUGCGCCCGCGUCGCUUCGGGAUACGGCGCGCCAGGAGGCUCGGCCGGGAGCUGGGACGGCGGCGGGGCCCGAUGCGGAGCGGGAGCUGACGCGCGGGACAGGAGCUGCUGAAAUCCCCCGAGAUGGAUCUAUGGUCGAGAGCGGCGGUGUGGGUCCUGUGCGGCUUUCUGCUGCAGCAGGGGCAGGGGGAGCGGCCCCCGGGUUCCCACCUGGACGAGACGGCCAUCGCAGCAGAGUUCUGCCGCAUUGAUAAGCCCUUGUGUCAUGAUGAAGACGAGCAGCUCAGCUUUGAAGCUGUCCGCAACAUACACAAGCAGAUGGACGAUGAUGCCAAUGGCAAUGUGGAUGUGGAAGAGAGUGAUGAGUUCUUGAGGGAGGACUUGAAUUAUCAUGACCCAACAGUCAAGCACAGCACCUUCCAUGGCGAAGACAAGCUCAUUAGUGUGGAGGAUCUUUGGAAGGCCUGGAAGACAUCUGAAGUGUAUAAUUGGACAGUUGACGAGGUGGUUCAGUGGCUCAUUACCUACGUAGAGCUGCCGCAGUACGAAGAGACCUUCAGAAAGUUGCAGCUGAGUGGACAUGCCAUGCCCAGGUUAGCAGUAAACAAUGCUACGAUGAUGGGAACUGUUCUGAAAAUGACAGAUCGAAGCCACCGACAGAAACUGCAGCUGAAGGCUCUGGACACUGUGCUCUUUGGGCCUCCUCUCCUGACUCGUCAUAACCACCUCAAAGACUUCAUGCUGGUGGUGUCAAUUGUCAUUGGAGUGGGCGGUUGCUGGUUUGCCUAUAUCCAGAAUCGCUAUUCAAAGGAGCACAUGAAGAAGAUGAUGAAAGACCUUGAGGGGCUUCACAGAGCUGAACAGUCUCUCCACGAUCUUCAAGAAAGACUGCAGAAAGCUCAAGAAGAGCAUCGCUCUGUGGAAGUGGAAAAGGUGCACCUGGAGAAGAAACUUCAAGAUGAGAUCAGCAUUGCCAAGCAGGAGGCUCACCGGCUCCGAGAGCUGCGGGAGGGCACAGAGAACGAGCUGAGCAGACAAAAAUACGCUGAGCAAGAGCUGGAGCAGGUCCGCAUGGCACUGAAGAACGCCGAGAAGGAGCUGGAGUCUCACUGUAGCUGGGCUGCACCAGAGGCCUUGCAGAAGUGGCUCCAGCUGACCCACGAAGUGGAAGUUCAGUACUACAACAUCAAGAAGCAGAACGCGGAGAAGCAACUUCUAGUGGCCAAGGAAGGGGCUGAAAAAAUUAAAAAGAAGCGAAACACCCUGUUUGGAACAUUUCACGUUGCUCACAGCUCAUCUCUAGAUGAUGUUGAUCAUAAAAUCUUGACUGCAAAACAAGCUUUGAGUGAGGUGACAGCUGCGCUCCGGGAACGCCUGCAUCGCUGGCAGCAGAUCGAGCUGCUCUGCGGCUUCCAGAUCGUCAACAACCCCGGCAUCCACACGCUGGCGUCGGCCCUUAAUAUUGAUCCCAGCUGGAUGGGCACCCCUCGGCCCACCCCUUCGCACUUCAUCAUGACCGAUGAUGUGGAUGAUCUGGAUGAAGAGCUCGUGUCUCCCAUGUCCAUACAGUAUGCAGCCUGGCUUUUUGGGCGCAGGUUCAGUGAUCGCUCGUCUCUGUCCUCGGAGGAUCAGUCCCUCUGGAAAUACCCUGCUCCUGCCUUGCCCAGCACUGUUCGCCAGCGCCUCGUGGACCCCCAGCAUGCCCACGGAUCUCAGAGAGACUUGACUCGCUGCGACUCCGAUCCUUCCAUCCCGCACAUGAGCGACCACCAGCGUAUCCCCAGCUCCGCUCCCAAGCUGCUGGCUGCCAGGCCCAACCUGCUGACCAGGUCCAUCGAGGAGGCCGCCGCCGGCCACCCUGCCAUCUGCGCGGCGACCUCCAACGGCGGCAGCAGGCACGCGGAAGCCUCCUGCCUGGGGGCUUUGCCGGAGCGGCUCUCCGAGAGCCCCAUGGUGAUGAAGAAGAUGAUGAUGGUGAACCACGGCAUGGAGAAGUCCUCCAGCCUCGGGGAGAUCAGCCACCCGACAGCCGGCAAGCACAGCCACUCGGAUUCCUCCCGCUCGCACAGCCCCAGCUCCACCGACCCAGACACCCCCUCCCCCAUCUCUGACUCCCGGCCCAACAGCGUCAAGAACACCCGCAUCCCGCAGCUGGCUGCCAAGAAGAACCCGGGGGACGAGGACGGCAACCUGACGGGCGAUGAGGUCGACCUCGGCCAGAGCAAGAAGAAGUUCCCCCUAAAGAUCUUCAAGAAGCCCAAGAAAUAGGAGGAUGGGGGAGGAAGAGGAAACCCAACCAUGAACCCAACCCAUGGGGAUGGGGGGGCGGCUUAGAGCAAAGGGAAGCGCUGUACCCGCUCUUCCCAGACCCUGCAGGCUCGGGUGCUCGCCGGCACCCGCUUCCCUCCCCUAGGACCCCUCCGUCUCCGAGUCACGUCGCGCAACACCUGCAGCGGGAGGAGCUAUUUAAACUUAUUUAUUUCCUGAUUUCCGAGAAAAAGAAAACAACCGCUCCCCCCGAAGAAAACAGCCACCCUUUCUCCCCCUUCCUGUUUCAGUAGUCCUAGCUUUGCUGUGCAUGGCUUCCAGUUACUCCUGCCUCUGCUCAGCCACACGGCAUUUGGGUUUGGUUUCAACGUGGUUUUAUUUUUUAAUUUUAUUUUUUAAAUUUUUGGGGGGUUCUUCUGCCUCUUCCAACUUUUGCACAUGCCGGACGGGAAGUCAGGGCGGUGGGAACCUCGCUGCGACACGCACCGGUUGCACCUUCUGCUCUCCGUCCGCUGCCCCGCGGCUCGGGAGCAAGCGGAGUGGGAUGCUCUGCCGCGCCGCAGCAGCCGAGGGAGGAGGGAGCACGGUCCUCGCUCUGCUGUCGGGGGUGAUUUCGGUGUGAGCGUUGGGGCAAGUUGCCUUAUUCACGUUGCAGCAGUUCUCUCCUCAUUUUUACCAAUCACUUUUCUACACCUCGGCCCCGUAACUACGACGGUGGGGAGGGAGAAGACCCCGUUUGCGUGCUCUCGAUAAGCAAGAGCGAGUAAACCGCCCUUGGAGGUAGGGCUCUGCCCUCGCUGGUACUCGUGCAGCCGGGAGCUCCGGCCAGGAGCGCGCCGGCCUGUCCGUCCCGCUCGCAGCGGAUGGGUUUUCCGAAGCGGGGCCGCCUCGGACAGUAUUACCCGGCUGGGCACGGCGCUGCCGAACGCUUCCCUUCGGCCGGGGGCACGAAUAGCACAAGAUAACUACGUAAAGUGCCGGCGGGGUGCCGGGGACGGGCUGUCUCGGAGGGGUGGUGGUGGGUCCAACAGCCGUGUCCGCGCGGAGAGGAGAGCGGUGCUCCUUCGCGCUGGGCCCCCGCGGUGUCCCGGUGUCCCCAAGGCCUCUCUGGUGAGCCGGGGCUGGAGGAGAGCGGCACGGCCGAGUCGAGGGAGUCUCAUCCGGCUGCUCAGAGCCGUCCCGGGUGCUUCCCGCGCGGCAGUCGUGGCCGCUAAGAUGGAGUCCCCUGCUCCCGGCGGUGACCAUCCACGGGCCAAGCCCUGCUCCGUCCCGGGGCCGGCUCCACGCGACUGCCCGCUCCUUGCACACAGCCACCCCACGGCCCUGCUCCGCUGCCCCAUCCAUCCCCAGCCCGGCACGCCGUGCUGCCCGCUCACCAUGGGCCGGGAUUUGGCACUUUUCUGCCCAUUUCUGGAGGGAGGUUACCAGCGAGGCCAACCAGGGAGGGGGUUUACCUGCUGGCUGCAGGGGGGAAGCCCCACAUCGAUGGGGGGGGUAUGGUUUUGGUUCCGUAGGGGUUAGUUAGACGGUUACACUUGCUUUAAGUGGAAAUUCCUCUAAACGACUAAGUGCCUGCAUUUCCCCGGGGCGCGGGGAGGGGGACGGGGCGGCCGCUGUUGCCGCUGCUUGGGGCCGGCGCGGGGCAGGGGGCUCGCCGCAGCGUCCCGGACCCCCGGCCGUGCUGCUCGCGGCGGCGGGGACCUGCCGAGGCUUUGGGGAGACGGGGUGGGAGGUCCCUGGGACGGCCACCGUCGACGCAUCUGCCAACUCUCUUUGAUUUUUUUUUUUUUUUUUGGGUCAUUUCAUAAAACUUUUGAAUCCAAUAAAGCAUGUAGUAUAUUUUAACA